AAAAAAAAAAAAAAAGCAAACAACCCCUUCUUUCACCAAAUCAUGAAAUGUGAGAGAAACCAAACCCGUCGAUUAGCCAGGGGGAGAUGUGGUCUGUGUGUUGUCUACACGGCUGGGAGUAAGUCUCUAUCUGUGGCCACCUUGCUUCUCCUUCCUAUUUUAAGUUUUGACUCUGCCGGUACUCAAAGCCCUGAAAACGCCACCAUCCGAUCUAGACACUUUUCGUUGAUCGUUUAAUCCAAUUUCGAGUUAACUCCUUAUUUUCCUAAACCUUCUCAUUUUCCUACGUCAAAUUCCCCAAUCCUCUACUCCAAUCCGUCUAGGUUCAGAGUCGUUUUUGUUGAAUAAGUCUUUAGUUUUCUGUUUUUGUUGAAUAAGUCUUUAGUUUUCUGUUUUUGUUGUCCUAUUCUUUGGGUAUUAGUUGGCUACGUGUCUUUGAGUUUCCUUGUUAUUAGGAGUACAGGUUUUACAGGUAGUUUAGUGGCUGAUUGGUUCCUAUUUUGUUGCUUAAUUCAGUUGUAGUUUUGCCUAUUUGUAAGGUGAUUUUCUAUCUGUUGAAUAAGAUGUACAGAAGUUUUUCCUCUUGCAAAUUGACUUGGUUUUACUGUCUUUUAAUUUCUUUCAUUUGCUCAAUCUGUUCAUGCCCAGCAAGUGUUUGAUUUAAUUCCUCAAAGAAUAUUCGUCUUGAAGCUUUGUUCAACUCUGUUUUUCUCACAGUCGUGUCAUUCGCUGAAUUUGAUUAACGAAAAGCUACGUAAGUUCUUUUCUUUUCAUUAUUUUAAUUGCAAACGUGUGACGACAAAUACCGGAGCUCAAGCAUUCCCUUUCUCGCUUCAAUUACUAGAAAGUCUAGCCUAGAAUCUUUUGUCCUUUUGUUUUUCCUUGGUUUCUUACUAUUUCUCAGCAUCCAAACAGUAAAAUUUAGGAGCAGUUUGUCUUUAAUUUGUUCUGUGAGGUUUAUUUUCUUACGUUUAUUCUUUACAGGAAAGUGUGGCUCUUACUCGCCUUCGAUUGAUUUGGUAGCAGACAUCAAAACAGAAUCACUAAAUUAAUUCUCUUUAA